AAUUCUCAUCCCAAUCCCCAACCUGACCCCCUUUCACUCCAUCUCCAUAAAAACGCACUCUUAUCUGCUUUAUUAUCCUCAACCACCACCACGCGAAAAGACAAUGUCGGUCUCAGCCAUUUUUGGUGCAAGACUCGUGCUCCCCCCUCCCUCCUCCGCCGCAACCAAGGCAGUUCCGCUGACGCUGGGCGGCGGCCAUGGUGGUUGUGGGCUCGUCAUAGAGUGCUCGUCCAGGCCACAGAAAAAGGCCACCAAACAUCACAUGAAGACGCGCCCUCGUAAGACUCGUCCUUCCGACAUACGACGUCGUCCCACCGUGUACCCUCCGCUUCCCCCUCUUCCCCCGGACUGGACGCUUGUGUCCGACGACACCUCCUCUGAAGCUCCCGCUCCCGCUCCCGCUCCCGCUCCCCCGGAGGCUGUCCAGUCUGAGUAAUUUUAGUUUCCUAUCCCUGAUUUUGUUAUAUAUCUUGCCAUGUUCGUUUACUUAUUUGAAUCGGGUCUGCCCUUUUUCCUUUUUGAUUUGGAAAUUUAAGUUUGUAUCUCGACUCAAUUGUUGUUUCUGUUAUGUUGAGAAUGCAGUAACAUUUUAGGAAAAUUAGUCCUUAAUUGUUAUAUGAAACUACUCAUUAUGAUAAGGAAUUAUCUACCAACUGAUUUACUGAAUC